UAUAAAAAAAUCGACCAGCUCAAAACCCUAUUAGAUUAACAAUUUGUUGCGUAUGGAGAAGAUCAGUUUUAUAUCAAAAGUCAGCGAUUUCCCCGCUCUCCCUGUCUUCCUCAAAGUUUGCCUGUUUCAAUUCUUAGAAUAAAUUUUUAAUCUUGAAAUAACUUCUUCUUGUUCAGAACCAAAUCAAGAACCUUAAAAUACGUAAAAACUGCAUGUUCUUUACUUCUGUUUGGUGUAAUAUAAUCCGAACUGAAGAGCCUACCAAGACUGCGUUGUGCUAAGUAUCAUGAGCAGUCAUUUCUUAGAGAGAAUGGAUAAUUAUCAAGGUGAUUUAGAUGAUAUAAUUCGAGCUGGCGGCGGCGGAGGUGGUAGCAUAGGGAGCAACAUCUCUACUGCAGUUCCGGCGCUUCCGGCAGACUGGCAGUUUCCGAGCAAUCCCGUUAAUUAUUCUUCAGGAAUCGAAGAGCUAUCCGAUUAUUUUGGGCAUCCAUUUUCUAACAUGAGAGAUCCAUUUCUACAUGAUAUAGAUACAACUGUGUCAGGGUUCUUCAACAACUCAAAUAAUUCUAUAGCUACUGGAAAUCAAGCGUCUGGUGGUCGUGAUGAUGGGGGUGAUAUCGUUCUUGGUAACAAAAUUCUAGACGAAGAGAGGAAAACUAGACCCCCCAAUAUGUUCUCAAGGAUGCUCCAGAUCUCUCCGAAUGAAAAGUUGCUGGUAUUCCCUCGCAGUUCUCCGUCGGUGGCUGCCGCUUCUCAUGGAGGAUUGAAGGCCCCCGCAGCAGCUGGUUCAGUAUCUAAUGAUCACAUGAUUUCUCCAAAUAGCUCCAAAAGUUGCUUAGUAGAAAGCCCUGGUGUUCAGAUCUCGCCUCCGCGAAACACGGGUAUCAAACGAAGGAAGAGUCAGGCAAAAAAAGUAGUUUGUAUACCGGCUCCGGCGCCUGCGAACAGCCGCCCUGGUGGCGGUGGAGAAGUUGUUCCAUCUGAUCUAUGGGCAUGGAGAAAGUAUGGACAGAAACCUAUUAAAGGUUCUCCUUAUCCAAGGGGUUACUAUAGAUGCAGUAGUUCAAAGGGUUGUUCAGCAAGAAAGCAAGUCGAACGGAGCCGGACCGACCCGACUAUGCUGGUAAUCACCUACACUUCUGAGCACAACCAUCCAUGGCCGACACAGAGAAAUGCUUUAGCUGGCUCCGCAAGAUCCCAGCCAUCCAAGAACAAUAACCCAGCUUCAAAGACUUCACCCAAUUCUCAGUCCCAGAGGGGUAAAAACCCGAGAGACAAAGAUAUCCAAAAUAAUACAGAAAAUGUAAUUCCAUCGCCCAUGGAUGUGAAAAAUGAAGAUCUUGAUAACCAGUUAGAAAUGGAUGGUGCAGAAUUAAAUGAAGGGUUUUCUUCCCAGAGUUAUAAACCGGCUUUGUCGGGAUCAAACCAGUCUGAAGAUCUGUUUGCAGAUUUGGGAGAAAUAGAAGCUGGUCCUUUGGACCUUUUAUUCAUGGAUGGAUUUUCAGGAGAUGAAGGGGGAGACAACAAGGCAUUGGAUCCAUUCAGUUUCUAUGAUUGGUCAAGAAACAACAAUAAUAACCAAGCAUUAUACGAAGAACCGAAGAGAGAUUCUUGACGACAACAUCCUUGCACGACAGUUUGAUUAGCUGGAGUUUCAUUCAAUCUUUUCUAGUCAAGUUUUUACCAGAAAAAAAGAUUUAGGAGAUGAGGUAACUCAAGAGAGUGAUAUAUUAGUGGAUUGGGAGCAGACCCCACGAGUAAUUCCUUUCCAUAUUAGUGGAUUGGACAGAAAGCUGAGAAGCAGAAGGUUUCGACAGUUAAAAGAAGUACAUCUUUCAGACAUGACUGGAAAGCUCAAGGAGGGAUUGAUGUUGAAAAAGACUUCCAUUUUUCAAGUGGGAAAAAUAUUCAAGCAUGACACUUUAAUCAUGAGAGUUUACCAGAAAGAAACCAUGAUUUAUAUGUUGUAUUAAUACCUUAGAAGUCAGGGAAAAGAUUGUUAAAAUACUGGUAAAUUAAGUUUGACGUUUCUUACAUGACAAGGCAAUAUAUAUGUACAAGCUUUGGGUUCCUCGGCUUUCUGUUUUUCAUUGCACGUUGUGUUCUCUUGGAAACUUAGUAUACAAAUAUUUAACCAUUGUAAUGUGAAACUAUUUGAAAAGAUUUUUA